AUGGUGGACUGGAUCGAGACCUUUGCCUGGCCUUUUGUUGAGGACAUACGCAAAGUGACACUUGAGGGUGUCAUCAAGAAGGACCCGAAGCCCUCCUCCUUGUUCAUGUCGCAAGCCUUGUCAGGCUACGCGUAA